GCAACGGGUUUUCAUUCCAAUUCGAGAGCAGGUCGUGAGCGGUUGUGUUCUUCAAACGAAUCUUGUGGUCCUAUUGUGCGCGCAUGCGUCUGUUAGCCAAUUUGAAAUCGUGAAAAAUCCUUUUGCCAUACCAAACACAUACACAUACACACGCACGCAUACGAAUGUGAAUAGGCGCCAGCAAGCAAUAGCAUCAAGCUGCCGUAAACAAAUAAUACCUGAGAAAAAGCAAUCAACAAAAAGAAAAAAAAAUAAAAGAACAUUUCGAUAAUUGUUGCCUGUGAUUUGUUUACGUAUACAUAUUUUUUUUUCUGAUUUUUUAUUGUGAGUGAACUUGAACUGAGGCCAAAGUUACUUUGUUCGUCUACCUAACAAAAUUCGAAUUGGAAGUGAAGGGUGUAACAGACUUACACACACGCACACAAGCAUACACAGACGUAAACGAGACGAUACAAACACAGACACACACACGAACACGCACACGUACAGGCAAACGCACGCACACAGUGAUAGGCGAAGGCGUAGUAGAAACACCGGCAAAAGCAGAGGAGCGCAAAUAGAAAACGACGAAAAGCGACGGCGACUAAAACUAAAGCUAACCAAAGCAGACCAAAACGCAUCGGUGUAAAGAGACAGACAGAGCGAGAGUAGAGGGAGAUAGAGAGCAAACGCGCGCGGGCAAAGGAUAAUAAGCAAAAUUGCCAUUUAAAACGGUAAUUAAAGCAGCAGCCCCAGUGACAACAGUUACAACAAUAGCAACAACAGCAAUAUCAACAACAACAGCAACAGCAACAACAACGACAACAACAAGCGAGGCUCAGUGAGCAACAAAGAAAGCAAGCAGCUAGCAAAACUCCGACUGGCUCAACGCAAAGCCGACAGACAGAAGCCAACCACAAGCCGGGCAUCUAGCAAGCGAUUGAUUUAGCGGCAGGCGCCAAUUGUUCAGUUCGUAAAGCCGCCACCAUUGCACCGAUUAGCACCAUGAACGGCCAGGGCUGUGAGCUGGGCCACAGCAAUGGGGACAUUAUAUCACAGAAUCAACAGAAGGGCUGGUGGACCAUCGGUCUGAUCAAUGGCCAGCACAAGUAUAUGACCGCCGAGACAUUUGGCUUCAAGCUAAACGCGAACGGGGCCAGCCUCAAGAAGAAGCAGCUCUGGACGCUGGAGCCAUCCAACACCGGUGAAAGUAUUAUCUAUUUACGAUCUCAUCUGAACAAAUAUCUGUCGGUCGAUCAGUUUGGCAACGUGCUGUGCGAGAGCGAGGAGCGGGACGCGGGCAGCCGCUUCCAGAUCAGCAUCAGCGAGGACGGCAGCGGACGUUGGGCCCUGAAGAACGAGUCGCGCGGCUACUUUUUGGGCGGCACGCCCGACAAACUGGUCUGCACGGCAAAAACGCCCGGCGCCAGCGAAUUCUGGACGGUGCAUUUGGCGGCACGGCCGCAGGUGAACUUGCGUUCGAUUGGACGCAAACGAUUCGCCCAUCUGUCCGAGUCGCAGGAUGAGAUACAUGUGGAUGCGAAUAUACCCUGGGGCGAGGACACGCUCUUCACUCUCGAGUUUCGCGCCGAGGAGGGCGGCAGAUAUGCGCUGCACACGUGCAACAACAAAUAUCUGAAUGCCAAUGGCAAGCUGCAGGUGGUGUGCAACGAGGAUUGCCUGUUCAGUGCCGAGUAUCAUGGCGGGCAUUUGGCGCUGCGCGAUCGCCAGGGCCAAUAUCUGUCGCCCAUUGGGUCGAAGGCGGUGCUCAAGUCGCGCUCCUCGACGGUGACACGGGACGAGCUGUUCUCGCUGGAGGAUUCAUUGCCGCAGGCCUCGUUCAUAGCUGGCCUCAAUUUGCGCUAUGUGAGCGUCAAGCAGGGCGUCGAUGUGACCGCCAAUCAGGAUGAGGUCGGCGAGAAUGAGACCUUUCAGCUGGAAUACGAUUGGUCGGCGCACCGUUGGGCAUUGCGCACCACACAGGAUCGCUACUGGUGCCUAUCUGCCGGCGGCGGCAUUCAGGCCACCGGCAAUCGUCGCUGUGCCGAUGCACUCUUCGAACUGAUCUGGCAUGGUGAUGGUUCGCUCUCGUUUCGCGCCAAUAAUGGCAAAUUUUUGGCCACCAAGCGUUCCGGUCAUUUGUUUGCCACCUCCGAGUCCAUUGAGGAGAUAACCAAGUUCUAUUUUUAUUUGAUUAAUCGGCCCAUUUUGGUGCUGAAGUGCGAGCAGGGCUUUGUCGGCUAUCGCACGCCCGGCAAUCUCAAGCUGGAGUGCAACAAGGCCACCUAUGAGACCAUUUUGGUCGAGCGCGCCCAAAAGGGCAUGGUCCAUUUGAAGGCGCACAGCGGUAAAUAUUGGCGCGUCGAGGGCGAGAGCAUUUCGGUGGAUGCCGAUGCGCCAGCUGAUGGAUUUUUCCUGGAGUUGCGCGAACCAACACGAAUUUGCAUAAGAUCCCAACAGGGCAAAUAUUUGGGCGCCACCAAAAACGGAGCCUUCAAAUUGCUGGAUGAUGGCACCGAUUCGGCCACACAAUGGGAAUUCUAAGUUGCAGCGCUUCCAAGGAUGCGGCACGUGUUUGGCAAAUGCAACAAUAAUUACAACAACAACAACAACAAUAACAACUACAACUACAACCACACGUAUCAAUUUUUAGAGUUUUAGCAACGUGUCGACUAUGUCCAAAAAACAAAAACAUAAACAAAAUCAAAAAAAAAAAAAAAAAAAAAAAAACAAUUUCGAACGCAACAAAAAAAAGUCGCACAAAACUGUAAACUACAUGCAAAUUAAUGGCGAACAACAAGGAUGCAUGUUUAUGCAGAUAUAUAUAUAUAUAUAUAUGUAUAUAUAUAUAUAUAUAUAUAUAUACAAAGAUUAUGUACAUCAGCACAUAUAUAUAUAUAUAUAUAUGUAUAUAUAUAUAUAUAGAGAGCGAGCGAGAUUUUUUGAAAAAACAACCUAUUUAGCUUUUUAUACGUUUUUACAAGAACAAAAAAAAAAAACAAAAACAAAAACAAAAAUCUAGCGUAGGAAGUGAAACAAUUUGUCGCGAAUCCUUCCGUUUUCCAAUAUCAGCAACAAAAGAAAA